AUGACUGAAGAGUCAGGGAAACGCAAGGCCUCGGGCCUGGCCGCCCAUAACCGUCCUGUCAAGCGACGAGCUUCAAAGGCCUGCUGCUGCUGUCGUGCUCGCAAAGUGCGUUGUGACGUGGUAGAGAAUGGCUCGCCCUGUACGAAUUGUCGCCUCGAUCAGGUCGAGUGCGUCGUGACGGAAAGCAAGCGGAGAAAGAAGUCGCGUGUGGAAAACGAAAACCCUCAAGCUUCGGAGUCGCCCCAUGAUGACUCCGAAGACGCGUCGCUUUUUGGUCGACUGGGCGAGAUCCAGAUGCCAGACAUGGUGCCGACAUCACCCUCGACGAACUCGGUCGAUAUCGAUCAUGGCCAACAUAUGCCACAUCUUCUGUAUCAAUCUCAGAAUACUCGUGUAGGCCCCGAUGAACGCUACCGUCGCCGAAUGGCUCCGAACCCGGCCGUUCCCUCCACCAUGCCACUGGCCAACGCGACGCUCCAGAUUCAACAGUUGCUCGACCCGUCCUUUGGAACCAACCGGACUGCCAAUGGCUAUCUCCCUGACUACAUCCGAGGCCUACCGGCGCGACUCACCAAGGACGAUAUCGACUACUUGGCCGCCAAGGGAGCGCUCUCCAUCCCUGAUGUGAGCCUUCGAAACGAACUUCUGAAGGCCUACGUGCACUACGUCCAUACGUACAUGCCCUUGUUGGACCUGGAGGAGUUCCUCCAGACCAUUGUGCAGAAUGAUGGAGUCCAUCGCAUCAGUCUGUUGCUGUUCCAGGCUGUCAUGUUUGCUGGAAUGGCCUUUGUGGACAUCAAACACCUGAAGGCUGCUGGCUAUCAGACGCGCAAAACCGCUCGUAAAAUUUUUUUCCAGCGAGCUCGAUUGCUCUACGAUUUUGACUACGAGGUGGACCGCAUUUCUCUCGUCCAAUCUCUGCUUUUGAUGACUUACUGGUACGAGACCCCCGAUGACCAGAAGGAUACCUGGCACUGGAUGGGGGUCAGUCUGUCUCUGGCGCACACCAUCGGACUCCACCGUGAUCCCGGCAACUCGCGGAUGGAUCUUCGCCGCCAACGGAUGUGGAAGCGGAUCUGGUGGAGCACAUACACUCGUGACCGAUUGAUUGCUCUGGGCAUGCGACGACCGAUGCGUGUCAAGGAUGAAGACUGUGAUGUACCUAUGCUCACUCUUGACGACUUCGAAUUCCAUUCUUUCUCACCCGAAAUUGUGCAGAUGGUUGGGGAUUCGGAGAUUCUUCAAAAUGUUAGCCACCAGCGAGAGCUGGCAUUGAUGUUCAUCGAGAAGGCUAAGCUCUGUCUCUGUGUGAGCCAUGUGCUCUCCGCCCAGUACUCUGUGCUGAGUCAUAAGUUCGGCGGCACCAUGGAGACGACCAUGAUGCUGGUACCCAAGAAAUCCACGGCAGAAACCUUUGAGGUGCGACGCUGCGACCAGGAACUUGAGGAUUGGCUUGCGAAUCUGCCUGUGGAAACCCAGUAUCAGCCAUCGGGACUUUCGAAGCUGUCCGAGGCCAAUGAGGUGCUCCAUUCGCACCGUGCUCUCCUGAAGAUGGUCUACUUGACUACAUCUAGCGCCCUGCAUCGCCCGCAGGUUCUCCCGGCUAUCCCUUUCCCAUCCACGGACGCCGAAUUGCAGGAGAUGUCUCGCAACAAAGUGCGAUUCGCCGCCGUGGAAAUCACCAACAUCGCCCAUGACCUACACACUCUGGACUUGACCCGUUACUACCCUACGACCGGUGUCACCGUCCUUCUCCCCGCCGUCAUCAUUCACUUACUGGACAUCAAGUCCAGCGACCCCACCGUGCGCAUGACCAGCCUCCAGCGGUUCUAUCAAUGCAUGCGCAUUCUGCAACGCCUUCGUGAGAUCUAUGCCUCGGCCGACUUUGCAACCUCCUUCCUUGAAGCCGCCAUCCGUAAAGCCGGCAUUCAACUCACUGUCGCACCUCAAGACGUGUCAUCGCGCCCCCGCAAGACCACCAACAGUAACGACCCAUUCGACCUCCUUUCCCGCGCCAAUGCCCUGACCCCGCCGCCCGAUUCCCUGGCCCAGAAAAUCCCCGAUCUCACCUACCCCAAAUCGGCCCCGGCAGGCGGGUGGCCCACCGGGGACCUAUUCGCCUCGACCCCACCUCAGUCUGAUGGCAGCGAGAAUGGGAGCACUAACAACCUCAACCCCCGCAAUCAAAUCACCGACGCCUUUGCGAUCCCUGAGCUGAACCCGGAAAUGAGUCUCACUGAGCUGAUGGAUCUGGCCAACGAUGCCGAAGUCACCCAGAACGACUUCGACGCGCUGAUCAACUUUGACGAUGCGGCUGGAAAUGAUCUCUUUGACGAAGACCAGCCUGCCGGGGACAAGGGGUUUGAUUUCGACGUGAACGUCAUGGGCUUUGAUUCCGAUUCGAAAGCGAUCAAUUUUGCGCAUCUUGCGGAGCGCGAGCGCACCACGGGCCCAGACGCCGAGGCUAUGCGGCCCGGUUUGACGGCUGAUCUUGACACAGAUCUCGGAAUCAUGAAUGAAUAA